AUGCUGUUGCGAGACAUGGGAAGAGAAAUUAUUUGCAAAAGGUUUCCAGUGGAACUUGGGAAUCGGAGUCGAUUAUGGUUGCACGAUGAUGUAAAAGAUGUACUCACAAAGAAUACUGGGACAGAAGCUACCGAGGGAUUGUCCCUGAAACUGCCUUUAACCAGCAGAGAUUGCUUCGAAGCUCAUGCUUUCCAGAAUAUGGACAGAUUAAGACUGCUGCAACUGGAUCAUGUACAAAUUGCUGGAAGUUAUGAGUACUUUUCUAAACAACUGAGAUGGAUUUGUUGGCCAGGGUUUCCUUCUGAAUACAUACCAAACAACUUUCAUAUGAAAAAUGUAAUUGCAAUUGAUUUAAAACAUAGUCAUCUUCGACUCGUCUGGAGACAAUUCCAGGGAUUGGCAAGAUGUGAAUCUUGUGAUAUUUGUCUUCCAGGUGACAACCAUCCUUAUUGGUUGGGCCAUGUGGGUGAGGGACAUUCCGUUUAUUUCACUGUGCCUCAGGACUGUGACGUCAAGGGAAUGGCUUUGUGUGUUAUACACAAGCAUGGCACAGUAAUCUCUGAUAUAGAUUGGCAGGGCAUAAUAUCAAAUUUAGGAUCAGGGGACAAGGUGGAGAUUUUUGUGACUUUUGUUCAUGGAUUAGUGGUCAAGAAAACAGCUGUCUAUCUGAUCUAUGGUGAAUCAAAUGACUUUGAAUUGGAGCCUUGCCGUGAGCCAGAGGAAAAUGCCCUCUAUAAAUUCAUAAAGAAAAUUGUAAUGUGUGAAUGCUGGUUUCCUUAUUCUAUAUUCUAA